AUGACAGACGAGGUAACCAUGGAAAUGGAAUAUUCGAAGAACACUCCUAUGGAGGAAAUUGAUUCUGAGAUUCGGCUCUGCAAUAGCUAUUUCUAUGACAAGCAGUUGCAGAUAUCCAAGGAACGUUCUCCAAGAAAGGCCGACCUAAAGCAAAGAUCGAUCCACUUGAAGAAGCUGUUUCAUGGCAUAAGAGACAAUACAGAUGCGCUGAUCGAGGCAAUGUACUCAGAUUUUCACCGAUCAAAGCAAGAAUCACUCACUCUGGAGAUAAUACAGGUGUUGAAUUGCAUCUUGAGCAUCAUUGAGAAACUACCAAAAUGGAUAGAGCCCAAAAAGGUGUCAGACUAUUCUGCACCUUAUCUCUUUGGGAAGAUCGUUGUGGAGUCUAUUGCUCGUGGUAGCGUGCUGGUGAUUGGGCCUUUCAAUUUCCCUCUUUUGUGCUCUUUGAUUCCAACGGUUUAUGCAAUUGCGGGUGGUAACUCGGUGAUUCUAAAACCAAGCGAAAUGACCCCUGCGACUGCGAUGUGCAUUGAGAAAUGUGUCAGAGAUGCUGGUUUGCCAGAUGGACUCUUGCAAAUCGUCAAGGGUGCCAAGGCGGAAACCGAGAGACUUGUGCAAUCAGGAAAAUUCGAUAUGAUCUUCUUCACUGGCUCAAACCGGGUCGGAUCGAUCAUAGCUCAGGAGGCCGCGAAGACAGUGACUCCUUGUGUUCUUGAACUAGGCGGCAAGUCGCCUGUCUUCAUGACUAAUAACUUACGUCGUAAGAACAUCAAGACUGCGCUCAAGCGUAUCUUCUUCAGCACUUUUGGGAACUCAGGACAAAUAUGUGUCGCACCAGACUAUGUUUUGGUACAUGAAUCCAUCUAUGAUCAAGUUGUGGAGCAGGCUAAGGAGGUCCUCAAAGAGUUCUUUCCUGAGAUCACCCCCGAAGCCGAGUACACUCAUAUGAUCAACAAGAAGGCAUUUGAUUCCGUUUCCUCGCGCAUUGCCUCAUCCAAAGGUGACAAAUUCGUAGUCGGCAAUCAAUCUUCUGACGCAGAAAGCCUUAUGAUUCCGCCUACAUUGGUAUUUGACGUGGAAUGGGAUGACUCCCUGAUGGAGAAAGAGAACUUUGGACCGGUGCUGCCUUUCAUUCGGUAUUCCGAUUUGGAUCGAACACUUGACGACGUGAUUCAGAAACAGGACACUCCUUUGGUUCAGUAUAUUUUUUCUCAGAAGGAGCAAGAAGUCCAACGGAUUCUGACUAGAUUAAGAUCGGGCGGUUGCAUUGUCGGUGAUACACUGAUCCACGUUGGCAUAAACGAUGCACCAUUUGGUGGUAUUGGUCGCUCUGGGUAUGGUAACUCUGGAGGAAUUUGGGGUUUCAACACAUUCACUCAUCAGAGAACGGUAUUGAAGCAACCAUACUGGAUGGACGCUGCCUUGGCGAUACGUUAUCCUCCAUUUACAUCAUGGAAAUCGAAGGCCUUCAGGCUAGCAGUGGAGAAAUCUCCAUGGUUUGACCGCAACGGAAAUGACCGGUUUGGUUGCUUUAAAUGGUUCGCCCUAGGCCUAGCAAUUUUGGUGUUCGCCAUCGCCUUGAGCAAGUGCUAA